AGAAGAUGAAGAUGAUGAUGAUGUUGUUUCCAUGAUGGCGCCGGAGGAGAUGACUGCUCAGUGUUUUUUUGCGGUAUAUACGCCAGAUCGGUGUUGAUGUAAAGCGCCAGCUCUGGGUCUGUACCGGCGGUGUUACCGGCAGUGUUGGUGGUACCGGGUGAUACCGGAUGCCUCGUGUGAACCGGACCGCCGUUUUAUCGCUGCUGAUCGUCAGCAGCUCCGUUUUCCUGCUGUUCCAGCUGUAUUACUACCGGAAGUACGUCAGCAAGCUGCCGGGCCCUCACAUCCUGAGCCAGACGGGUCACCUGACCGCCAGCGACGUCCAAUGGCAAACGGUGAAAAAGUUCCUGGCGCUGGCCCAGCGCUUCGGGCUGCCGCUGUUCCUCGCCGACACCGCUGCGCUCACGCUGCUCUCCCAUGAUGCUUUGCGGCAGCGUGACCGGCUGGUGCGAGAGCCGCACUGCAGCUUCCUGUGCACCGGCCGGCCAAUCACGUCGUUCGCCCUGCACGCUAACCUGUGGAAGUACGAGCCCGGGUUCCUAUUGGCUGCGGAGCAGAAAGGCUUCGAGCUGCUGGAGCUGCGAGGUGAAGACCCGCGAUUGGCCGGUCUGGACAGCCUAUCAGGACAGGAGAUCCCGCUGCACUUCCUGUUCCGCCUCCACGGAAACAUCAUUCACGUGGUGUUACUGUACGAGCGCAGCGGGAACUACCUGUGGAGCGGGGCGCUGCGUCUCCCGGCCGAAGCCGACCGAAACUUUGCUCCAUUCAAACUGCUUGACUACGGUCGCCACGCUGGGGCGUACGACAGGCCAGAGCUGGUUCUAACGGUUCUCGACGGACUUGAUGUUCGGAUCCCGCGAAACGUUUCCCGCUUCCUGUCCGAGCAGCAACACGCCCGCUUCCUGGAGUGCCGUUACCGUGACGCACGCAACUUCCUGCAGAUGUACCCCGAAGACACCUCUCCGGUUGCCGUGGAGUUUCGGAGGAAGGUGAAGUCGCUGCUUCAUUUGGCGUCCCGAACCCUCGCUGCUCUCAACGUCCCGUUCUGGCUCAGUAGCGGCACCUGCCUGGGCUGGUUCCGGCAGUGCAGCGUGAUUUCUUACAGCCGCGACGUCGACAUCGGCGUCUUCAUCUCCGACUUCAGCUCUGACAUCAUCACCGCGUUCAGGCACGCCGGACUCUCCCUCAAACACAAGUUUGGAAAGGUGGAAACUCUCCUGUGUGCUAACAUGUUAACAGACACUACUCUCACCUUUUUCGUUUUUACUGUUACAGUAUGUUAACAUGCUAACAGACACCACUCUUCCCUUUUACUUUUUUACU